GCAUUCCCUCACCGAUCAGCCCUCACUCUAAUUCUCAGAUUGCUCUUCAAACUCAACAUGGACUUACAUGGGCUUCAAACACAGCACGACAACUUGAUCCAAUCCAUGUUUUACGAGGGUAUGUUGGACAGCCAGUUUGCUCAAAUUCAAGUUCUGCAAGAUGCAAGCAAUCCCAAUUUUGUCAUGGAAGUGAUCACGAUAUUUUGUAAUGACGCAGAAAGGAUCAUGUUGGAAUUGAACAAUUAUCUGGGUCAGCAAGAUGUGGAUUUUAACAAGCUAAAUGGUUUGGUGCAUCAACUAAAAGGAAGUAGCUCUAGCAUUGGUGCGCAGCACUUGAAACUUGCUUGUAUUGAUCUACAGCAAGCUUCUGAGGACAAAAACAAAGAAAGGUGUCAGCAAGCCUUAAAUAUAAUUGCACACAAAUAUUGUCUUCUCCGAAGCAAAUUCCGAACCCUAAUACAGCUGGAGAAAGCGAUCUCUGCCUUUGCGACCAACCAGCAAUUACUGGAUAGCAAGUAUAUUGAUGGGUCAGCAUGAAGUUUCUGAGCAAUGGCUAUCAUCAUCUUUUAUAUUCAGUACUUCAUUUGUUGAUUUUCCUUCUUCUUUUUGUGAAGAAGUGUAUGGUUCUUACAUUCUGGACUUCUUUUCAUAGCAAGUGCCAAGGAACUAGGAAGUAGAUUAACCCUCCUCUCCAUUUUCUUUAUAGUA